UUUUAAUGUAUUUCCUUCCAGUCAGCCUUCUUUGUUUGCUGGUUCUUUGUCUUCUUUUAUGUAGUUUGUGAUUUCUGUUAUAAUUCUUUAAUGAGUGUCCCAGUGUGCUUGGGACUGAGCUGUGAGCUUCCCUUGGAGUGUCAUUCAGUCCUCCGAGUAACCUUAGGAGGUGUCUCAGUCCAUUUGCACUUCUGUAACAGAAGUACUGCAAACUGGGUGGCUUAUAAACAACAGGUAUUUAUUUCUCACAACUCUGGAGGCUGAGAAGUCCAAGGUCAAGGUGCAACAGAUUCAGUGUCUGGUGAGAACCUGCUUCCCAGUUCAUAGACAGCACUCUUUCUGCUCUGUCCUCACAUGGUAGAAAGGGGCCAGGCAACUGUCCGGGUCUCUUAUAAGGACACUAAUCCCAUUCAUUGGAGCUCCAUCCUCAUGACCUAAUCACCUCCCAAAGUCCCCACCUGCUAAUACUAUCACACUGGGGAUUCGGUUCCAACAUAUGAAUUUUGGAGAGAUACGAAUAUUUAUCCUAAAACAGGAGGCAAUGCUUUUAUUUCCAGUAUACAAUAGAGAUAGACUAAGUGACAGUGCCACUUAGCAGUGGUCACCUAAAUGGUAAGCGAUAAAGUGAGGAUUGAUAUCCAGAAAGUCUGGCUUCAAAGCAGGGGUCACAAACCACACACACACAGACACACACACACAGUUUAAAUUCUCACCUGUUGAACGAGGUUGUACAUUCCCUCUGUGAUGCCUCAGCAUCUUACCUUUUUAAAAAUUUUAUUUCAAAGUAACAUUUUCUAAAUCGAAUUACAGAUGUUCAUAGUAGGAAAAUCUGAAAAUAGAGAAAAGCUCAAAAUAAAAUUAUCCCACAAUUCCACCAACCACUGAUAGCCAGCUCCUUAAUAUUUUUCACCAUCUUUUACAUUUACUUAUGGGAAAGUUCACUGUUUUGGGUGUACAGUUUUAUGAAUUAUGAUGGCUGAGCUUCACUUUUAAUGGCUGUCUUAUGUGCCAUCCAGUGCAUUCACUGUAGUUCAUAUGACUCUUCUGUGGGUGUCCAAACCACCCAGCCCCAAAUGUGUGAGAACUGCAGGGGGUUGGGGGCAGCUGGAGUUCAUGUAGGGAUGGGGGUUCCCCAGAUGAUUCACUGGGAGGAGGGAGAUGAUCUUACUGACUCAUUCAGACUUUUCGGAGGUGGGCAGGGAGACCCUCUCUGUCUGUGGCCGGAUAUCCUGGGUGCUGGGUCCCAGGGCCACUGCAGGGGGCCCACCACAGCCUGCGUGUCUCAAGCCCAGCACCUGUUCCAGGAGGUAUGUGCUGACUCCCCAGCUCCCAGGCACAAACUAUUUUUGGCUGUAGUGACUGUUCACUGUAGUCAUGAAAACAGAAACUCCUCCCCCUGCCUCGUCCUUCCCUGGGACACCACACCAGGGGCCAGGGCUGCUGGGGACCCUGGGUUUGGGCACCUCACCAUGCACUGCCUCUGGAGCUGGGUCAUGGCCAAGGCCUCAAGGAGCACAGAGGUCCCUCCACCCAUGGUGCUGCGGAAGGCACAAGGCCUGGACCAGCCCUGGCCAGAGGGUUGUGAAGAGAUCCUCCACGAGCUCACGCUGGAUGCCCUGCUGGACAUGAGCGAGGCCAGGGUGAAGGAGACGCUGCAGCGCUGCGGGGCCAGCGCCGAGGAGUGUGGCCGCCUGCAGGCCGCCCUCGCCUGCCUGCGGAAGGUGACAGGCCUGGGAGGGGAGCACAAAGAGAACUCGGGCUGGAGUUCCUCGGAUGCCCGGCGGGAAAGUGGCUCAGGGCCUUCUGUGGACACCCUCUCGCCAGCCAGCCUGCCCUGGCCCCUGGGGAGCUCCCAGCUGGGCAGGUUGGGCAGUGGUGCCCCGGGCCCGCGCUCUGUCUCCGUAUCAGCUCUGCCUGCCUCGGACUCCUCCACCCCUGGCCCCAGUGAGGGCCUUGUAGACACCUAUAUCCCCCUGCAUGCUGGAGGCCGGCUGACCCCCCGUGCCCUGCAUAGCUUCAUCACCCCCCCAACCACGCCCCAGCUGCGACGGCACACCAAGCUGAAGCCACCGCGGACACCGCCCCCACCCAGUCGCAAGGUCUUCCAGCUGCUGCCCAGUUUCCCCACACUCACCCGGAGCAAGUCCCACGAGUCUCAGCUGGGGAACCGCAUAGACGAGGUCUCCCCCAUGAGGUUUGAUCUCCCACACGGAUCCCCACAGAUGGUACGAAGGGACAUUGGGCUGCCGGUGACUCACAGGUUCUCCACCAAGUCCUGGCUGUCGCAGGUCUGCCAUGUGUGCCAGAAGAGCAUGAUGUUUGGGGUGAAAUGCAAGCAUUGCAGGUUGAAGUGUCAUAACAAGUGCACAAAAGAAGCUCCUGCCUGUAGAAUAUCCUUCCUUCCGCUACCCAGGCUUCGGAGGACAGAAUCUGUACCCUCAGACAUCAACACCCCGGUGGACAGAGCAGUAGAACCUCACUUUGGAACCCUCCCCAAGGCGCUGACAAAGAAGGAGCACCCGCCAGCCAUGAACCACCUGGACUCCAGCAGCAACCCGUCCUCCACCACGUCCUCCACGCCCUCCUCGCCGGCGCCCUUCCCGACAUCGUCCAACCCGCCCAGCGCCACCACACCACCCAACCCCUCGCCCAGCCAGCGGGAUGGCAGGUUCAGCUUCCCAGCUGCCUGCUUCAUUCAUCAUAGACAGCAGUUUAUCUUUCCAGACAUUUCAGCAUUUCCACAGGCAGCCCCACACCCUGAUGCAGCGGAUGGUACCCGGCUCAACGACCAGCCAAAAGCAGACAUGUCGGAGGAUCAUGGAGCAGAGGCCGAGGAGCCCGAGGCCAAUAAGUCAGAGGCAGAAGACGACGAAGAUGAGGUGGACGACUUGCCGAGCCCCCGCCGGCCGUGGAGGGGCCCCAUCUCUCGCAAGGCCAGCCAGACCAGCGUGUACCUGCAGGAGUGGGACAUCCCCUUUGAGCAGGUGGAACUGGGCGAGCCCAUUGGGCAGGGCCGCUGGGGCCGGGUGCACCGUGGCCGCUGGCACGGCGAGGUGGCCAUCCGCCUGCUGGAGAUGGACGGCCACAACCAGGACCACCUGAAGCUGUUUAAGAAAGAAGUGAUGAACUACCGGCAGACGCGGCAUGAGAAUGUGGUGCUCUUCAUGGGGGCCUGCAUGAACCCCCCCCACCUGGCCAUCAUCACCAGACCUCUGCCUGACCCCCCGACUCUUGACAGCUUCUGCAAGGGGCGGACAUUGCAUUCAUUUGUGAGGGACCCCAAGACAUCCCUGGACAUCAACAAGACCAGGCAGAUCGCUCAGGAGAUCAUCAAGGGCAUGGGAUAUCUACAUGCCAAGGGCAUCGUGCACAAGGAUCUCAAAUCCAAGAACGUCUUCUACGAUAACAGCAAAGUAGUCAUCACAGACUUUGGGCUGUUCGGGAUCUCUGGUGUGGUCCGAGAGGGACGGCGUGAGAACCAGCUGAAGCUGUCACACGACUGGCUGUGCUACCUGGCCCCUGAGAUCGUGCGCGAGAUGACCCCUGGGAAGGACGAGGACCAGCUACCGUUCUCCAGAGCUGCUGAUGUCUAUGCUUUUGGGACAAUUUGGUAUGAGCUGCAAGCAAGAGACUGGCCCUUUAAGAACCAAGCUGCAGAGGCCUUGAUCUGGCAGAUUGGAAGUGGAGAGGGAAUGAAGCGUGUCCUGGCCUCCAUCAGCCUGGGGAAGGAAGUUACCGAGAUCCUGUCUGCCUGCUGGGCUUUCGACCUGCAGGAGAGGCCCAGCUUCACCCUGCUGAUGGGCAUGCUGGAGAAGCUGCCCAAGCUGAACCGGCGGCUCUCCCACCCUGGACACUUCUGGAAGUCUGCUGAGUUGUAGGUCUGGCUGCCUUGCAUGCACCAGGGGCUGCUGCCUCCUAACCGACACCCGGCCCUGCGACUCUACUCAAAUGCACACUGAGAUGCGGGCGCUAACCCCGGGAUGCGAUCUCUGCUGCACCAAUCUCCUCUCCUGAGACUUCUUUUGCUUUGAUUGUUUUUAAAACUGGCCCCCUCCCUGCUCCAUGGCCUGCGUGUGCCUGAAUAACUGCUCUCCAUUGAGGCUCCCUCUCACAGACACCCCCUGCCACCAGAAUUGCUUUCCUGGGCAUGGCAUCCUUCUCUCCAGCUCUUCUUCUGUGGGGUGGGAUCUUUAUAUCUGAAUGGUCCUGUCUCCCUACUAACACCUCAGUGAGAUGUGCCCCCCACUGAACACACUAGGCUCCCACUGGCUGUGCCUAUGGGCAGGCGUUGGUGGGAGUGUUGCUUGGCUGUUAACCCGAGAGGAUCUUAUCCAGCAAGGAGUGGAAUGAUCUCAGGGCUGCCCACAGCCAGUCUGCUCCGUAGGGCUGGGGGUGGUACAAACCAAGUCCUGUUGCCAUGAAAGACACCAACUUGAAAGGGCUGUGUCAGUGACACCCUAAGGAGAGUCGCCCUAAAGCAAAGGAGGGGCUUGCCUCCAAACAAUUUGACUAAUGAAAGCAAAGCUUCUGCCCCAACGCAUUGCUCCCUGCCCAUCUGCCCAGCACAGCCCAAAAGUACGAGGCCCAGAGUCCUCAUUCGGGAGUGCGGCUGACAGGCCGUGCACAGAGUCCCAGCACUGCUCGCCAAGUGCAGACUCCUGGGGCCCCCAAGAACCGAGUCCCGACUCUGGAGGCAGGCUCCAAGCUGCAUUUCAGCCUGCUUUCCAGGUGGCUCUGAUGCACCCCCACAUUUGAGGACCGUUUCUGCAAGGAGCAAGCAAGGCCACCCCCGGUGCUGGGGGCAGGUGUCUCUUCUCUCUCAAUUCCAUGUGGAGCACGAGGGUCCUGAGCUGCAAAUGAGAAAAUAGUUCAAAUGAGCCCAUGCUGGGUGCUGGGAAUCCCAAGACCAACAGAUCACUGUCAUCCUGGAGGGGGGAGUGGCCGAGCUUAGCCCCAAGCAAGCCCUGAGGAGCAGGAGCAGCUCUGCCAGGGCUGUCAGCCGAGCAGUCAUUCUCACUUCUUGGUGGGGCCUCUGCUGAGCUGCUGGGAUUGGCCCGUUCCUUAGCUAACAUUAACCUAAUUCCCAGUCAAAUCCAACAGGGUAUAACCCUUGUUUUUAUUCCUCUUCGCAGCAUUAACAGCAGCAAAGUUGUCCCCAGGUUUGAAAGGUUUGGCUUGGGCGUCCUGGAGGCCAGUAAUCCAAAGAUGUAACCAGCUGUGCAGUUUUUUCUGCCAUUUUCUUUCUUAAUUGUGUUUCUAAAAUGGCUGAACAAUCACCACGACAAAAACCCUUCGAAACUUCAGCCACCCUGGGAAGCGCUGCAGAGCAGGAGCCCGAGGCCUCGAGUCGGGUUGUUUGUCCAUGAAACACUGUGUGUCCCGGAGGUGGAGUCACUUCGGCUACUGCUUAAAAUGACAUCAGCAUGCGAACCAGUCCUGACAGAUGGCAAAUGUUUACAUGUCCAUUUCUGCAGAGUGAACUCUAUUUACAAUAGAUAAUAAUAAAAGCAGUCCAUGCAGAGGAGCACCGGCCCCUUCAGUCAGGGUUGCAGAAGUGGCCUUCUCCUCUGGAGGACCUUGUAUGCAGUGAGGAGCCCAUGGUGGGCUGAAAGGAGAAAAAGCAUCGUCGUCGUGGCUGUUCUUGGGGUCCAACGGGAGGAUCACAGGCUUGACUGGCCUCUGCCUGGACCCUAAGUGCCGUCAGUGGGGGAUCUUCUUUAUGGAGGGUUCUCCCCUUGUCCUUUCAAAGGGACACCAUCCCUUCCUCCUCUGGCAGAGGAAACCCUGGCGAGGACCCAAGCUGGAUUAUGAGGGUCUGGAGUUCCCAUAGAGCUUGGGUUCCCCUCUGACCCCUGUAAUCCAGCCUGUAUCUGCUGGAAAAGUAGAGACAGUUAAAAUCGAGAUAACAUCAGGACUGAUCAGUGCUUCCUGGCCAGGGUUCCUACUGCUUAUAGAGAUGUUUCUAUCAGGAAGGCACCAAGGAGAUGGGACUCAGGGCCUCAGCUUUUUAGAUACAUCCCAUCCCUGACUUGCAUCUGAGGCCCAGCACAAUGGCUGCGUGUAUCAUGAAGGCUUGAUGGGUGAGCGCAAAGAAGGUGGUGGGGAGGGAGAGGUGGUAGGCGGCAGGUCCCUGAGCCCACCUCCCAGCCACAGGGUGACCUGGCCCUAUAGAAAACUUAUUGGCAGUCAUGCCAGGGUUCUGGAACUGCCCACCUCUUGCACUCCUCUGGUCCUGCUGAAACCCCUUAGCCCACUCCUGCCACUCCCACUGUCCAUGUUGGAGCUCUUAGAUGGGAAGCAGGUACCCCCUCUUCCACUCAGACCCACCCAUCAGGGUUUUCCCCAGCACUGAGUCAGGCCUUCUACUUGCGUACUUUGCACCAGAAGGAGGAGCUGGAUUGGGGGAGUCCGUGGUGUGAGCAUACUGCCGGUGUUCAUUAGAAGCUGUCACCUAGAGACAAAUGUCCCAAAUGGCAAACGUCCUUCAGUGGACAUCACGUUGUAUUAGGUGCCAAAGCCAGAACUGACCACAGGUGAGGAGAGAGCUGUGCUUGGAGUCAGAACCUGGGUCCCUACUCUGAGCUGAGAGAGGAGCAUGUGGCCCUCCACCCCCUUUCAUUUAGACCCAUUUAGCGAAGCUCCCAAUCUUUAGACCCAUCUCCAGAGUCUGGCCAAAAUGUCCUAUGAAAUGGGCCACUCUACCUAGAAGCUGUGGGGCUGCCCUCCAUGGGGCCAGGCCUCCCUUGGCUGACCCCUUCUGGAGGGCACAGCUGGGCGGAAAGGCCAGGUAUGCCAGCUCCGCUGCUCACUGCCCCCCAGCCGGGAGCGCCUUAUCCUUUCCCAGAGAGGAUGGAGACAGGAGCUGUAGGCCCGCUGGGUGCAACUCCGUGUGAGUCUGGUGUCCUCGUGGGCCUCACCUCCUCCUCCCUGUGGCUUCCCAGCCAGCUCUCCGUGAUCUCCCUCUUCAAAGCCACGCGGUGUGUGCUGAAUCUCUGAGCCUCCUCCCCACUCCUCUGCAUACUUUCCCAGAGGUCCCACUUUGUGCGCUGGGUCUCCCACCUUUCCCCUCAGGACCCCCAGACAUGCCGGGGGGCCUGGAGCUUGGACAGUAGCCGAGCAGGUCAGGCCCCACACCUCCCCAGCCCUGUCCCAGCCACAGGCAAUCUGGUUGUGUUUUCUCAUGUUACACUUGCAGGUCAAUUCCAGAAGCUUUCACUGAGCACUGCUGGCAUCUUGUGCAAGUGCUGGGGGCCCUGCGAUGGGAACAGUGGCCGUCCCUGCCCUUAGCAACUAACAGUUCUGCAGGAACCCCAGGGGAGGAACCAGGGGACCCCUCUUCCUCUUCCAGGCCCUGGGCAGCUUCCCAGCCUUUGGCCAGAGCCUCUGCGCUGCCUGUCGUUGAAGAGAAACACCAGAGGAAACGCCCCCCAUGGUCCCCUUCUCCUUCUUUCCUUAAGUGACUGUGAAUUGAGGUUGGGAAGAUAUGUAUCCUUCUCUGUGCUCUCCUUGUCUGUCUGGGAAACACAUGAAGGACGGUAGAUACUGUGAAUUCAGCCCUCACAGCGACUGUGAAGCAGAUGGAGAAGCUGGGAGGGCCUUCUUGGCAAGAGCUCUGGGGCUGUGGAUGUCCCAAGCCUUGGCCCUCCACGGGCCCCCCCAGUUCCCAGCCUCUCCUCCAAACCCUAGGGUCGGAGUCUCUGAUGCCUUUGGCCACCAGAGCCGCAGUCCCUGGGUUUCCAUCCCGUGAAGUCUUGAGUCCUAGCCAGUUCCCAUUAGUCAUGAGCAGCAUGUAGCAAAGUUGACCUCUUCAUGUCACCAAAUCAACAAUGUGUGCAGGGCCCAGGGAUCCCUCUGUUCUCUCAUGCCAUUUCUUCUUGUGAUCUCAGAGGGGAGCAGCCUGCCCUGUAAGCUGUGUUGUCAUUGUUCAGUAUUGAUUUGGGGGCCGGGGGGAGACAUAAAUGUGAAGCUGAUUAAGGAGCUUGCACGGUGCCGCAGCAUCGUUAGCUGGGGCUUCAUCAGUGUGUGCAAACCACGCAUCUUCUGUGGCCGCCAGCACACACUUGCUUUUUGAAUGUGAUGUAAAAUUUGUACAGUUAAAGUUUUUAUAUUUUCUAUCAACUGCAUUUGUCUUCCAGAAAUACUAUUAAUUUAAAUUAAAAUGGUUGGUAUUAAUGAAGUGCUGUAUCACUUUUUUGCCACUGGCAAGAAUACACCCUCUGUGCCAGGCCCGGCCUGGGUGUUGGCGUUUGUGAAUAAAAGUGUACCAAGGUG